AUGAAGUGGCCGCCUUCUCUCUUUUUGAUCCUCUCCGUGUUUGGAUCCACGCGUGCCCAGGAUGACCGGUGCAAUGGGAUUUGCGGGCGGCGUCCCCUGGCUCCCAGCCACGGCGGUUCGGUGCGGAUCAUCGGCGGCACGGACACCUUGCCAGGAACGUGGCCCUGGAUCGUCAGCAUCCAGACGCCGUCUCACCGGGGCUACACCCACAUCUGUGGAGGGUCCCUCAUCAGCUCACGUUGGGUGAUGACCGCGGCCCAUUGCUUCUUGGACAAAAGGUUCAUGGAGCACUGGAAGCUGGUGAUCGGGGCCACGCAACUCUCCCGGCCCAGCCCCGACAUCCAGGAGCGCACCAUCAAGAACCUGGUGGAGCACCAGCACUACCAGAAGCACAACCACCUCAAUGACAUCGCUCUCCUGGAGCUGAGCCAGCCCAUCAACUGCACCGACUACGUCCAGCUGGCCUGCCUCCCAGACAGCAACGUGGAGGUCCAAAGCUUGACCCACUGCUACAUCAGCGGAUGGGGCGUCACCGACAUCUCCAUCCUAAGCCACAUCCUUCUGCUUUCAGAGCGCCAGACGUCCGACAUCUUGCAGGAGGCCAAGGUCAACCUCAUCCCACUGGAAUUGUGCAACAGCACUUACUGGUACAACAGCAAGAUCCACUUCAACAACCUUUGUGCUGGGUAUCAGCGCGGAGGCAUCGAUACCUGUCAGGGUGACAGCGGUGGUCCCCUGGUGUGCCGGGCUGCGAGGUCGGAGCGCUUCUGGGUGGUUGGCGUCACCAGCUGGGGGGCCGGCUGUGGGCGGGCCCAGCGCCCGGGCGUCUACACCUCAACGCAGCACUUCCUCGAUUGGAUCAAAGCGGGCACCAAGGAGAACCUGAUCCGGCCAGGCGGUCAGGGAGCUGUAAAACCCAAGCCCAGCAUGCCGAGACCUGUGGGGCAACCGUGGUACCAGACAGCAUACCGUCCAACCACGACUGCCGCGACAGGGAACUGGAUGAAUCCAUGGCCCCAGCCAAACCCGACCCCAAGCAGCCCCCCACUGACAUGGAGGGAGCCCACCUUGCCCAAAGACGAGCAGGAGAUCCAGAACUGGCUUCAUGCCCACGCCACCCCAAGGCCGCCUCCUCCGCCCCUGCCCCAGCCCACCUUGGCCAAAGAUGAGCAGGAGAUCCAGAACUGGCUCCAAGCUCAAGCCACCUCCAGGCCCCUACUCCGGCCAACCAUGCGACCUGUGCUGACCAACCCUCCUCCCUGGCCACCUCCGCUGCCUUCUGCCACUCAGGCCCAGUGGGGCACGUCCAGUGGCUGGAACCAGCAGUGGGCCACGCCUCCUCCCCCUCCUCCUCUCCUAACCCAUCCACCACCACGGCCGGCCUACCAGACGUGGGCCCAGCUGGGCUUGACCCGGCCCACCCGGAGGACCACCCGGCACCCUGCCUACUACGGUGGGCAGCAGGGCUACCAGGAUUGGUACCGGCCUCCCCCAGCCACCCUGCCCCCCACAACCCAGCAGUGGGCAUGGGCCCAGCCCACGUGGUCCCAAUACUGGCGUCCCAAAAGGACCAGGUACCCCUAUUAG